CAGGGAAAUUGAAGUCGACUCACUUAUUUUCUUUACGGAAUGGGAGCAUUGCCAUCCUAGAGUAAAUUAACUGACUUCUGUCAUAGUUGGAACUAACAAAAAUGAGCUCAGCGGGUACAAGAUUAUUAAACUGGACAUCUGACGACUUGAAUUCGAUGUGAUGUUUAAGGUAUGAGCUUACAAGCGCGAGGAUUUCCUUGUAAGACAUGUUUUUCUCAGUCAUUCGUGUUAGUUAGAUGAAGACACGGUUCUAAACUUUGAGGCAUUGAAACGGACGAUUCGUAUAUUUCGCAUACGUACUUAAAUAUUAAAUGACCGUUAAUUGCAGAAUACUUUACAACCUGCGGACAGUUUGCAGCAGUGCACACGGUGGGGUUUAAACCUGGACCUGGAAGAUGCCCCCUAAUGCUUUGGAGAACGUUCAUAUUUCGGACCAAGUCAGAUAACCCGAUUUGAAGAGUUCGAUGAUGGCUGGAUCAGGUUUUGCGCAUCCUUAGUGCACUUAACGUAAGCGUAAACUGCUGGGUCUAUAGCCGAGUUCUAGCAUUUAUACGUACAAAUCCUACAUCAGUGUCAAAAAAGUAAUCGAUCAACUGUUUACAAGUGGUUAUUGCUUUUGCAAUAUUAGUCUAAUUGGCCGAACAGACAUCGGGAUCAGUCGAGACGUUUAGGGCUAGGUAACUGGAUAAUCUACCCUACAUAGCAGCAAUGUCUCGCAAUUGCCGGACUUUCCCAAACUACUGCGUCAUGAAUGGAGAAUAAAUAUUGUUUUAAUUGCUAAGAGAGGAGAGAAGUUGCUAUCUUGUGGGCCUCUUCCCCUGGGAACAUCGAUAGUGGCCGUUUCUGCUUCGUCUUUCUGUCCCUUCCAGUGCGCGAGGAACUUUUGGAGAAGUCGGGAGGAAGAUGACGCCUUCUUGCAUGAUGGGAUUCGCUGUGCUCAUGAUAUGCAGAGGGACAGACAGCAGGAUGAUUCUGGAAGGCCUGCAGAGGUUUGGCCCCAUGCCCACCUACCUACCCGUCAGCUACCAGGUCCUUAAUGCCGACUCCGCCUUCUUCCUGAAGGAGGCCAAUCAGGACCUGAUGAGGAACUCCAGCCUCCAGGCGCGGACAGAAGCCUUCUUCAUCCAGCAGGCUCGGAGGAUGCCGUCCCUCAACGCCAGCUACGGACCCCUCUCUGUUCAGCAACCAGUCCCCCUGGACCUCCUCCAGAACCCUGGGCCUUUCACCGGACCCCCCUCCCCCUCCUCCUCCUCUCCAGCUCUCUUCCCCUUCAACUGGAAGGUCCACACAUACAUCAUCAACGACAGGAUCCACCCCAGCUGGCCCAAGGUCCAGGUGUUGUUCUACGUGGCCGGGAGGGACUGGGACGACUACAGCGCCGUCCACAGGCUGCCCUGCGUCCGCAUGUUCGCCUUUCACGAGACCCAGGAGGUCCGGGGCACCUGCCGGCUCAAGGGGGAGCUGGGGCUGUGUGUGGCCGAGCUGGAGCCCCUGGCGAGCUGGUUCAGCCCCCCCACAGUCAGACCCGGGAGGCAGAGGGCUCCAGAGCAAGCCCAGGGCACCCCCGUGGAGCUCUACUACAUGGUACAGUCUGCAGACAGCGGCGAGUGCAGCUCUGAGGACCCAAAGAAGGCCAGUACCAUCCGUACGGAGCAGCAGGGGCCCUUGGGGUAUUUCUCCGGGCCUACGCCCAUGCAGCGCAUCGGGAGCGUGAGGUUGUUCCAGCCCCUUUCAGAGCUGAGGUUGGACGGCAACUUCAUGGUGAUGGUGCCUUCUAGACCAAUCAGACAGAGGGAAACUGUCUCCACCUUUCUGGCGCUUUCCAGCCUCUCACCCAUCCAGAUCUUUACCCUCAGGGUGAAGUUGAAGGAUGGGGUGGCGUUCCUGGGGGCGAGGGCCAGCAACCCUGUCCUGUGGACGGUCAGCCAGGACGUGAGGAGCGAAGGUCACAGGGUCGUCACCCUCCACUGCCGCAGGAAGGACAACACCUUCGCUCAGAGUGGGGAGGCUGCAGGCUACCAGCGUGUUCUCCAGGUGGACCUGGAGGUGAACGGGCUGCUGGUGCCCCUGGGCAGCAGGGUGGUGUCCUGGCAGGUGGAAUACCCCCUAUCCCGCUCCCUCACGGACGAGGUCCAGACCCUCAUCCACCUGGCGCCGCAGGACAUGGGAGGCAUCGUGCCCCUGGCCAUGGACUCGGAGAUUCUGAACACAGCCAUUCUCACCGGACGCACGGUCGCGCUCCCGGUGAAAGUGGUUACCGUGGGAACGGACGGCUCGGUGACAGAUGUGACCGAGUCGGUGGAGUGCAAGUCGACAGAUGAGGAGGUUGUUAAGGUGUCGGAGCGCUGUGACUAUGUGUACGUGAACGGGAAGGAGACGAGGGGGAGAAUGAAGAUGCUCCUCAACUUCACCUACAGCUACCUGAGCGCCCAGCUGGAGAUGAGUGUGUGGAUGCCCCGCCUGCCCCUGCUCAUCGACGUGGGCGACCCCGAGCUCAGCCAGAUCAAGGGCUGGAGGGUGCCCGUCGCCGCCGGCAGCAGGAGAUAUGAGCGAGUCAGUGAGGAUGACGACGAGGAUGAAGGAGGAGAGAGGGCCGAGGGGGGGUGCGUGCCCCAGUACCAGAGCACCACGGUCCACGUGCUCACACACUUCGUGGCAGACGGGGCAGAGGAGGGGCAAGGCCAACUGGACUUCCUGCUGGGCAGCGAUUGGCAGGUGGACGUGACAGAGCUGGUCCAGGAUUCGCUGAGAGUGGAGGACCAGCGGGUGGCCCGCCUCCUGCAAGGGCAGGUUGUGAUUGGCCAGAACACCGGUACCACCAAACUACAGGUGCUGUCCCCUCUGUCAGCUUCAUUUCUGGCUGAGAGGAGGAUCAAGGUGCUGGAUGACAAAGUGAGUGUGACAGAGCUCGGGGUGCAGCUGGUCUCUGGACUCUCUCUGUCCCUCCAGCUCAGUCCAGGGAGCAGCAGAGCCAUCGUCGCCACGGCCACCACACAGGAGGUCAUGACCAGCCCCAAACAGGAAUCCCUCAUUAGCGCAUGGUUGCAGUUCAGCGACGGCUCCAUGACCCCUCUGGAUCACUACGACCCCGCCCACUUUGCGCUCACCGCCAUCUCGUUGGACGAGCAGGUGGUGGAGGUGCGGCGCGGAGCCUCGUGGAAGUGGCCUGUCGUCGUGGCCAAGGGGCCGGGCCAGGGCUCGCUGGUGCGCGUGGAGAUGACGCCGUCCGAGGAAUGCCAGAGGGGGAGACGGCGAGGCGUCCUGGCGUCCGGCGUGGGCGCCGUCCGCGUCCGCUUCGGCCCCCCCGAGGAGCCUCCGUACGGGCGCGGCCGGACGAGGCCCGACUCGUCUUACUACGGCGGCUCCAUCUCCGACAUGGAGGCCGGCGUCGUGAACCGAGGCGCCACCACCAUCAAAGCCCCCCUCCUCCCCGCCAGGCCCAGCGGGGGCAGGCUGGCAGCCGACGGCGAGGUGCCCGCCGGGGACUUCCUGGAGUACCCCGCCCAGGCCGAGCUCCCGGGGGGGCGCAGCACGGACGAGGACCUGCUGACGUCCCGGCGCGGCCUGACCGACCUGGAGAUCGGCAUGUACGCCCUGCUCGGGGUCUUCUGCCUGGCCAUCCUGGUGUUCCUCAUCAACUGCGUCUCCUACGCGUACAAGUACCGCAGCAAGCAGCUGCCCCUGGAGAGCCCGGAGGCCAUGGCCCACGCACACGACUGGGUGUGGCUGGGCCAGGAGGCGGGCCUGCUGGACGGGCCGCAGGGCCUGUGUCUGCAGCGGCAGCAGGGGGAGGAGCUAGGGAGCACCCUGGAGGAGGGGAGCCAGCUGCUCAACGGAGGAGGAGGGGCCAAGGGCGGAGCCUGCAUUGGAGGCGGAGCCGGGGGCCGGGACCACAGGAGCGAGUCGCUCAACUCGCCCACCACUAAGAGGAAGCGGGUCAAGUUUACCACCUUUACCAACGUCAAGCCCGGUAACGGGUGCCCGAUACUCAGCCCACUGGCACACACCAGCGAGAUCAAGUGGGUGUGUCCGGACAUCGAGCUCGGGGACUCGCAGGAUCUGAGGAACUACAUGGAGCGCCUGAACGAGAACGCCACCAAGAACCUGGCGUGAACAAAGGGCGGGCUUGGUUUUCGUUCUUUUUUGUUGUUGUAGCGGAACACAAACGAGAGAAACUCACCCGAAUGCCUUCAGA